UGCCCAUGAGGGUCCCCACGGCGGCUGAAAGGGCGGCAGGGUCAGUGCUCCUGGCUCAGGACGGACUAACGGCCGCCCCUCUUCCAGGUUCUCCAGGGCAGCGGCACCAUGGUUGUGGCCGCUCGGCAAGGCGUCCUGUACCUCUGCCUGUGGGCUCUCUGUGUCCUGAGCAAGCCCACCGAGAAGAAGGACCGCGUGCACCACGACCCUCAGCUGAGUGACAAGGUCCAUGACGAUGCCGAGAAUUUUGACUAUGACCACGAUGCCUUCCUGGGAGCGGAGGAGGCCAAGACUUUCGACCAGCUGACUCCGGAGGAGAGCAAGGAGAGGCUGGGAGUGAUUGUAGAUAAAAUAGACACGGAUAAGGAUGGGGUUGUGACCGAGGGGGAGCUGAAGGCCUGGAUUAAGAAGGCGCAGAAGAAGUACGUGCUUGACAAUGUAGCUCACCAGUGGCAGGAGUAUGACAUGAACCGAGAUGGCUCAAUCUCCUGGGAUGAGUACAGGAACGUGACCUAUGGCAAUUACCUGGACGACCCCGACCCCGACGAUGGCUUUAAUUACAAGCAGAUGAUGGUGAGAGACGAGCGGAGGUUCAAAAUGGCCGACAAGGAUGGCGACCUGAUCGCCACCAAGGAGGAGUUCACGGCCUUCCUGCACCCGGAGGAGUACGACUACAUGAAGGACAUCGUUGUGCAGGAGACGAUGGAGGACAUCGACAAGAACGGGGACGGCUUCAUUGACUUGGAAGAAUAUAUCGGUGACAUGUACAGCCAUGACGGUGAUGCAGAAGAACCCGAAUGGGUGAAGACAGAGCGGGAGCAGUUUGUGGAGUUCCGGGACAAGAACCACGACGGGAAGAUGGACAAGGAGGAGACCAAGGACUGGAUCCUCCCCUCGGACUACGACCACGCCGAGGCGGAGGCGCGGCACCUCGUCUAUGAGUCGGAUCAGGACAAGGACGGCAAGCUCACCAAAGAAGAAAUCGUGGACAAGUAUGACCUGUUUGUAGGCAGCCAAGCUACAGACUUUGGUGAAGCAUUAGUACGGCACGACGAGUUCUAAGCCUCCGGACCCUUUUUCGUAAGGAAGAAAGUAAUUAUUUUUUACGGUUUCUGGAGUAACACGAACUCUCACUACCGAGACUGACGGUUUCCGGCAACAAUGUGGGGAAAACCUCCUGCUCCUACUUCCUUUCUUUCUCCGUAGGGACGGGAGCACAUUGUUCUGGAAAGCAACUCUCAGUCGCAACACUUGGGUUUUAUUGUUUUAUAGAUUUGCAUGUUGUUUUAUGUCUAACAAGUUCUGUUUAUUUUUGUAUUUUUGUUGCGCAUGAGGUGAAGAAUGCAUAUCCUGACGCAUUAGCCCUGGAGAGCACCAGCUCCCUGACAGGCACCCCCCCCCCCCAAUUCCCUUGUGUUCAGCCACAAAUCGCCAGAGAACAAGGAGGGCCAAGGAGAACAAAAGGCCUGUGGAGCAUGGGUUUUGCUUUUGGCGGUCAAGAGGGGUGCCACAGAGGAUUUCGCCAGCACACCGGUCCGGUGUAGCUGUUCCGUUUCCGACGUGGUGCUUCUCCCCGCCAUCUCCCCUCCACUGCCGAACGGUCGGGGAGGUUUGGCUCCGGCUGAGCGUCUGGCACCGUUCCGUGACGGGAGGUGCAGCACCAGCGUUUCCCACCGCACUGCUCCGGGGCUGCCCGUGUCCUGGCACGCAGUGCCGCCACACCGCUGCGAGUGGUAUCCCUUCCAGGGGCCAUUUUGGGCAGGGACGGGAGUGGUGUGACCCGUGCCGCUACCCCUCCUCCAGGGCAUUUCCGCCCGCCCGUUCUCUGAUCGAAAACCGCUGCUCUGCCCUGGAGCUUGAAGCUGGGAGGACGGGGUGGCUGGGCUGGGCGGCCUGCCAGGGACCGCAAGCGCCCGGCCCCCACCGGGUUCCUCAAGCUGGGUGGGCAUCGAGAAAUAGCGGGGCAGGAACAUCCCAUCUGGAAAUCCUGCAUGCUUGAAGUGCCUUUCUCUUUGAAUAAAGAAAUAUCGGGGUUCCCAGCUGAAGGGGCCCCCCAGGCAAGAUUGUGCCCAGAAAAACGGGAGGCCGCAGUCCUCCUGCGAUGCGCACGGGGUGGAUCUAUCAGCAGUGCAGUAUUCAAGGCCUCCCUGAGCAGCGUGGCGGACCUCGUGGUGGGCCUUGAGCCUCCGGCUGCCUGGUCUGUCGGGAAGGACUUCAUCUUUACCUCAAAAGGCAAGCCCUGCCCUCAGCUGCUCUCUGGUCCCAGGAGAUCACGUGGCCGGUUUGGCUCUCCUCUCCUGUCUUCUGUAUUUGAGGGCCCGGAUCCGGAGGGCCGCUGCCGUCCCCCUCAAAUCGCCCCGCUCAAUGCUCGUCUGGGGCAUUUGGGCUCUGUGCUGGGGCAGAGUGGAAGGACAGGUGCUUUUUUCUGCAGCCUUUUGGGAUCCAGCCCGCCAGGAACUGUUCCCACUGCAGCCAGCAAAAUGAACCACGAUCCGUAUUUCUGUAAUUUAUCAGUAAGGCAGGGCGGGAGCUGUUUCCUGGGGCUUGUGCCUGUCGGGGGCCUCUUUGCAUUGGCCCCCUGAAGCCGUCCCCUCCCUCUGGCCCACUCGCCUUGAAAAUCAAGGCCCUUUUAGUAAGAUUUUCUGUUUCCUUUGGACUCCAAUGACUUCAAGGGUUAAAUGCUUGAAACACUAGCUACUCCUGUUCAUUUCACAGAGCAUUUUAAACAUAACUUGAUGCAAGGAAUAGGAAAGUCGCUUUUGUCCGUAAAGACCUAGUGCCAGCCAGUCUUCCUAACCGUGUGUGUAGCGCAGCUCUCAGGCCUGAGCUUUCUGUCAGAGGUGGCUUAGUGGAAUGGGGCCACGUUUCCCUCCCGAACAAGGAGCCAGCCAGCGGGGAGGUGACCCACCUGCAGCCGGCCAGUCCUCUUGGGCUCGCACCGGAGAACUGAGGCAGGGUGCGUGGGGAGAGCUCCUGGGCCAGUGCGAAGAGCUGGGCGGCUGAAGGGACUGUGGGGGCUGCCCUUGUCCUUGGCCGCCGCUGCUCCGUGAGUACUAAAGGCCCGCUUUGCUCUCAGGCCGGGGCACCGCCUGUCCCCACACGGAGCCCGGGCCGGGGGCCUGCAGGGCGGCCGCUGCUGCUCCUGCUCGUUUGUGGUCAUUCUUGGCGGAGCUGCUUUCGGGGUCCUGGCCCUGCACUUCUCUGUUUUAAGAACCGGAGUUGGAGGCCAUUGUCAUGCCAGGCAGGUGUGUGUGAUACCCGCCCCGCCGCCAAAAAGGAAAAGACAAUUCGGAGCCGUUUGCCAGUGGAGACCUCUCUGCACCGGGAUUUCCCGCAGUGUGUGUCUGGUUUCAGUCGGCUGGUGUGUUUCUCUUUUGCACAAUCUCCUAAUUAUCAAAGCAGAUGUAAAGCUGGUGGUGAAAUAAACCCAAACCACAUGCCCCAAAGCUCUUUGUGCCCCACCUUUUAGGAGUUCUUUUUUUUUUUUUUUUUGGUAGAGCAUAAAUGGUUUUAUAUAAUGUACAACAUACAGAUAAAAUGGUGUCUUAAUAAAACUGUUUACAUCCCUCUGUG